AUGGAUCCCAAUGACCACUACUAUCUCGAUCGAAGAUACAACAACAAUCGCGGAAGAUUUGGUCAGAAGGGGUAUAGAAGUCAACGCUUUAACCGCCCACAAGGCCGUUACGGCCACAACCACCCGUGGAAUAAGAAGUGCUUCGUCUGCAAUAAGGAAGGAUGCAUCUAUUUCAACAACCUUACAGACACUAUUGUCGGACGAACAACCCUCCCGGUUAUCCGCAAAUGGGGACAUCCUUGGUUCCUCCUACCUAAGACCAACGAGGCCGCUAUCGCAUUCCUCACGGAGAGCGAGAUCCGCACUCUUCAUCGUCGAUUCGGGCACCCAGCGGUCCCAAGACUUCACAACCUCCUACGGCAAGCUGGCCACAACGAUGUGACGAUAGAUAUCCUAGAGAACAUCUCGAGAUUCUGUCAUCACUGUCAAAUGCACUCUCAAGCUCCAAGACGCUUCAAAUUCACCCUAAAGGAUGACCAGGAAUUCAACUACGAAAUCGUCGCUGAUGUGCUCUACCUUGGAACCCCUCAACGCCCCGUCUUGCACGUGGAUACGUGGGAAGCCCUCCGAGCCCUCUGGAUAGACACAUAUCUCGGACCCCCUGAUACUAUCAAGCACGACGCAGGGACCAAUUUUGCCUCCCUAGAGUUCCGUAACGAGGUUGAAAGAUAUCAUGCCCCUCUCCGCCCCAUCAACGACACAACAGGGCCAAAUGGCAUUGUCCCUACGCUCCUAGUCUUUGGCGCCUACCCUCGAAUGGCGUUAGAUUCGCCCCCUUCUGCUACGACCCUGAAAAGGGCUGCCGCAGCCCAGAAAGCGAUGAAAAUGCUUCGUCAGCUCUCAGCAGAGCGCGAGGUCCGAAACAAGCCAAAGACGACGUUCCUAGUCAAGAAGGAAGAAGAUGCCUACCAACUAGCCAUCAAGCUACGGGACGAAGGCAUUAUCACAACGCCAGGCACCCCCUUUGAGGAAUCCGAUAGCACGGAGAUCGAUGAUCUAUUGGUACGAGUGUUUAGCUUCGAACGCUACAAUGAAGCAAAGCACGGGAACCAUCAUAUCUUCCGCUCCCGCAUGGUCCGCGAGGUUAAAGGGCACAACGACCAAGAGAAAACCACCCUAUUGACGCAAUCCCCGACAAUUCAACGCGGACCUGAUAACUUUGGGAUUGUGGGAAUGCAGACUGACGAUACCCUUAUGCUUGGCACACAACGUUUUUCCGCGCUAGAGGAAGCGGAACUCGUAAAGGCACAAUUUCGGGCAAAGCCGAAGACAACGAUGACCCCGGGUACUAGCAUUGACUUCAACGCCAAGAUCGAACCCAUCGACAUCAAGGCAUACGAUCGAGCCCAACAGUACGUGGAACAGCGUGUCCAAACCCCUACGGAAGAGGAUUGCACGACCCUCAACAAGCGGCUUCAAUGGCAGAAAGACCACCAGCAGCGAGGCCUAACGUAUAUCCCUAUUGACCUCGCCAAUGCCAAGCUUAUCAUCUUUACCGACGGUUCCUUUGCGAACAAUAAGGACCUAUCGUCACAGCUAGGCUUCGUCAUUGCCCUAGGCAAUGUCCUCCAUUGGAGCUCAACGAAGUGUAAGAGGGUCACCCGAAGCGUGCUAGCAUCAGAGAUCUACGGCAUGGUCAACGGAUUCGAUAUUGGGAUAUCACUAGCAACGACGAUACGGAAGAUCACAGACCGCCUCAAUCUUCCCCUAUCCCUAAUCGUUUGCACCGACUCUUUUUCCCUCUACGAGUGCCUCGUUAAGCUAGGCACAACGAAGGAGAAGCGAUUGAUGAUAGAUAUCAUGGCCCUACGUCAAUCCUACGAAAGGCGUGAGAUCACAGAAAUCCGCUGGAUUAACGGCGCAGACAACCCAGCAGAUGCUAUGACAAAGGCAUCGCCUAACCGCGCCCUCGAACGCCUCGUCGAUACGAAUAGCCUUACGAUUAGGAUAGAAGGAUCAGUCGAACGCCCUCCCGCUAGCUGCCGCUCGAACCGUCACUCUUUUCGCACCCUUGCGGUUGCUGCUACGCUCCCGCACCUGCUGCUACUGCUGCGAUUGCAGCGAUAA